UUCGCGAUGCUUCGGCUCUGUGCGGGCUGGUGGUGAGGGCGGGGCUCAGCACUCACGACUCGGCCGUGGGGACUUCGGGCAACGUCACCCAAGGCCCCGGGGAUGGCUCCCACGAGGCAGCCUUUGGCCCGAGAUUGCCCCUGUGUGCUUCCAAGGCAUCCUCAGCCUCACACAUGGAGGGAAACGUCUACCGAGACACCAGUGAUAACACGGGGACCGGACCGUACUCGCACGAUUUCGAGGCCCUCAGCUUGGACUCGACAUCGGCUUCGUGGCGGUGGUGCUCGACGUCCAAGGAACGAGUGCGAGCUCCCUCGUGCGGAGACUAUGAGGACAUGUACUCCAACCACAUGAGUUCCGCGGCAUACGCCAUGGCCAGGACGCCCAGCGAGCCCUCGUUCUACGGCGUCACCUCCAGCUCCCUCGUCAGCAACACCUCCAGCAUAUACUACGCCGACGCCGAGGAUACGCACGAAGGGUCCCUGACUCGUGAUCUGCGGCAGUACCUGAACACACGUUUCCAAAAGGGUAGCGUGGACCAUGAGCUGCAGAACACCAUCCGCGACAACGUGUACCUGCGUACUGUUCCAGUGACCACCCGGUCUCCACGUCAGGGGGAGGUCAACGGAGUCGACUACACUUUUCUCUCCAAGGAAGAAUUUCGUGCUCUGCAGAGAUCCGGGAACCUCCUGGAGUCUGGUGUCUUUGAGGGACAUGAAUAUGGGACACCAGUACCAUCCCCCAUAUCAUCCGCCCUGCAGCAGCGACACACUGCAGAGCGCAUAACCCGGCAUAGGUUGCGCUACAGGAUGGCAUCGGUCACAUCACAUAACUCUUCUGAAACAUUUCCAAGCCCUGUUAUGGAACGAAGACGCCUUCCUCCUCUCCUUACUCCCUGGAUGGGCAUGCGAAGGGCAAGGGCUGCAUUGCCUAGUGAUGAUGCCCCUCCUAGUGAACCCCAAAGUGAACCAGGGUUGGAUCCCGAUGCACAUACAGAACCUCUGGAUGGCAACAACCUCUUGCGUUCUUUUUCUCUGCCCAUAAAACAACCAAGGGCAGGAAAGUAUAGCUCGGACAAAAUCAAAACUCUUCCAGGAAGAUUGUUAAAGGGGGUUCAGCGCCCUUCACUUAGAGAAUUAAAUCGAACUUUCAGUGCGAACGAAAUUAAGGAAUACUUUAUUCGGAAUGGAAGUCAGCGUUAUCGUAUGAGUGAAAACGAAUUACGUGGCCAAGCUUACAUGUCCAGCAAGCAUGAAGCAUCUUUGCCAAAUAAUCAUUCCACAGGUACCUUUUCUCGUAGAGCUUCUAGUCGUAGUAAAAACUCUUCUAUGCGGAAAAGUAAAAGCUUAGCAUCAUUUUCAGUAGACCCAAAUUACAAAUCUAUGCCAAGUAGUUUUCUCGUAGCUCAGACUCUCCUCACUCAGCCUCAUCAAAGAACCAGGAGAAGAACGCUGUCAGAUGAAUAUAUAACUGAAGAAUCAGACCUUGAGUCUCUCUUUAGUGGCAGUGAGGACAGUGAUACUAUUGUUGGUAGUGACAGUAAUGAUGAUAGCACAUCUGUUGACAGUGACAAAUUACCUGCUCACAGUGAAGGCCUUAGAAAAUCAGUUGUGUUUCCAAAUAUUUACAGAGGUUAUAAUAGAAAACCACAAACAACAUCUGUAGACCUUGGAAAUUGGAUUCCUAAUGUAAAAAGUAUAUCUGCUGAUAAUCUUUCUCUACUAACAAAUGAGGAGUCAGUAGACCCAGUAGAUACGUUUCCUAUUUUUCUUAGUAGACAAAAUAUUGACCAGAACACACCCUCCUUUCACACUGCUGUAAUAAAAAGCAAUCCUGAUCAAACUGCACCAGAAAGCACUUCUACUGAAGCCCAUAUGAUAUUAGGCAAUUGCUUCUCUGAACUCCACCAUAAUAUCCAGAGUUAUGACAAAGAGGUAAAUAACAUAAUUGGUAUUCAUCAGCAGGAGACUUUGUCAGACACCAGUGACUCAGCCUUCCUUUCCACACCCCAGGCACUAUCAGUGUCUCCAGAUGGCACUGCAAUGGAAACUGCAUCAUAUACAGAUAGUGACAUAUCUAGUGUUAAUUUGGAUGAUUUCAUGUAUGACUCAGGUUUUGAAAAGCAAUCAGAUCGGUGUGACAGUUCAUCUUCUGGUAGUGUAAAUGUUUAUAGAGUUAAUCAUAGCAUUCAGGACACAGGAACUAGCAAGUAUAUUAUGACAUUCAAUUCUUCAGACAUCAAAAUCACAAGUGUAGAGAAGCCAGCUCUACCACCUAGAAGUUCUUCACUGAAAAAAUAUGCGGAAAGUAUUGCUGUUAAUAAAGAGAAAUUAUUGGGAAGACAGAAUGAGCCUAAAAGAAGAAUUACAGAAAAUAUGAUAUCAGAAGAGCACAAAACUGUAGUAGAAAAAGAUAUUGGACAAAAUCUAUUUGACCAAAAGUCUGCAGUGGAUAUUCAAUAUCCUGCGAAAGGAGCAAAUGUCAUGCCAGUUCCAGAUGGAUGCUCAACUGACAUGGUAUCAGAUAGAUUCUCGUCAUUUGAAAAUUCUGGAGAAGAUUUGAUUGAUCAUCCAAAAGGCAAUGGUGUCAUAAAAUAUGGAAGGUCUCCAUUAAAAUCAAACAGUAAACAGAUUCAUGAACAUCCACAGAAUGAAUAUAAGAAUGUUUCAAAAUCUAACAGGGAUGCUUAUAUCAAACUUGUAAAUAGCCUAGAGAACUCAUAUGUAAAAAAGGCGGAAAAUAAGAAAUGGAUUAAGGAAUCAGAGGUUUUAGAUUUGGCUCUGGAUACUAAUUCAAGUUUUGGUAACAGAGAUAAUCCACAAAGUUCAGAUGUGAAAAGUGGGCUUCCACAAAAUAACAGUGUGAAUUUUUCCAAAUAUGAUAGGAAUAAUCCAGAUAGGUCAGAUGUUAGAAGUGCCGAUAAUAGAAAGGACUCCAUUUCAUCCUCAACCUCAUCUGCCAGUUCAAAUGAAUAUCUUAAACCUAUGAAUAAUACUUGUAUGACUUCAGGAGCCAGUAGUAAUGACAAAGAAACAAUUAGUAAGUCACUUCCAGUCAAAACUCCAAGAGUAUCAAAAUCAAGACAUUUUGCAAUUCCCAAUAAUCCUCCACACAUUGAUGCCAAAGGAGAUUUGGAAUUAAAAGGGGAUGGUAGUUUGUAUUCUGGUGUGAAAGAAGAUAGAAGUCCCAGUUCUAAUUUCAAGAGAAGAAGUAAUGCACAUUUUAUUCCUGCACCACCACCACAAAGAACUCUGUUCAUUAGUAGAAAUGCACCCUCAAGAUUUAGUGUAGUAAAGACACCACAUGAAAGACAAAGGCGUGCCAUACAGCCACAAGGUAACAACCUCCAAAAUUUCAUCAGGAUUAGUCUAAAAUCAAAGACAGCAGAAGGUAGACUGUCAGAUGAUGGCAAACGUUCCCCAAUUGUGGACAGAAAAGACAGUCCAGAAAACGAAAGAAAGUUUAUUAACAGACUGUUACAGCAGACUGAAGACAGAAAUGAAUGGCGCAGGUCUCUUGGUCCAGCUCAUAAAUUUUGGUCUUCAGGGGAGUCUUAUUACCAUAAAAAAUCAGGUAACCAUUACGGUACUCCAAAACCCCCAUCGUUACCUCCGGACCACCUGUCUCGGGGCCCAGCAGGUGCAGCAGUCUUACCUGGAGCUCACCCAAGCUCAGAAGGUAAACGACGACGCAACCGCUCCAAUGUAGAAGCUAUGGCUGCCAACACCACCAGCACAGAGCCUCCACCUGACUCACCCAAGCAUCCUUAUCCGCCGGGAACACAUUACAGCCCUCCUGGCAUGCACCAGGGGAUGGUGGCAGAAGAGGGAGGCAUGCAGCUACAGCCUCCAGACUCUCCAACAUCAGGAGAACUUGGGCCACUUCCUUCCAACUGGGAGAAAGCGUAUACUGAAAAUGGGGAGCCAUAUUAUAUAGAUCAUGUGGCUGGAACGUCUUCCUGGUUGGAUCCCAGAUUAGCUCGUGUACAAAAAAGAAAUGCAGAAGAAUGUGGUGAGGAUGAGUUGCCAUUUGGGUGGGAGAGAAUAGAUGAUCCUCAGUAUGGUACAUACUACAUUGACCAUGUGAACAGAAAAACACAGUAUGAAAAUCCUGUUGUCAUGGCAAAGAAGCAGCCUACAGAGCAAGGAGGUGGAAACAGUCCAGCAGAAGGUGGGAACAACACUUUCCCUCGCCAGAAGAAGACUGCAAACGAGGGCAGUGGUGUGGGAGCCCCAAACACAGCUGAUGGCCCUCAGCCUCCUCCUGGUAGUGGCCCUAAACGUGCAAACAGUGAGUGCGAUCUAAAGUCCUCCCACACAGGGCUCAUGCUGUACCUGCCCUGUUUACCGUGCUUGGCAUCAGAAGGCAAAGACUCUAAGCUGCAGGUGCAAGCGCAGCAAACGUAUAUUCGGGUUCACAACCGUAUGGACAAGAACUCCCUCCCUCGUCCUCGCUCUCUUUCUCCCAAUCACAAGCAUCCAGAUAGUUCUCAGAAACAUUCAAACUUAAAUCUUAGGCAAAAUUUAACCAUUUCUGGCCCUAUGGAUCCUGUACAUUUAGCUAGUGGAACACCUCAUAAAGCAAACAAUCUCUCACAAAGUUCUCAGGUUUCAAAGCCAAACAACUUAACCAUUUCUCCCAAUAAUUUUCAUCCUUCUGACCAAAUCAAUUCAGCCAGUAAGCAAAGUAAUGCUAGUAGAAACCAAAAACCAACACUAAGUCAUGGAAUUCGGAAUCAAGAGGUGAAGAAUCCAACCUUCAAUCAAACUAUUGUCCCAAAUUUUGCCAAGCCCCACUUUCCCAACUACCAAAAUCUCGCUCCCAAAUCGCUUCGCCUCCGAAUACCUCAAGCCUCGUCCUCUCCUAAAGGACCAAUGCCAAUGUUCAGUAGUCCUUACAAUAGCCUCAGGUACAACUACAGCACAGGCUCCAGUCCUCUGCAGUACAGCCCGAGCCACAUUGUAAGAGGUAGCCCACCCCAAUUUCCUACCCCAACACCUUACCCUCUCACAAGGUUCUUGUCAUCACCACUACCAAGCACCCAGGAUUUAGCAUACCCAGUAAUUCAUCACCAAAGAUCAUACUCUAGCUAUUACCCUUACUCUGUCCUUACUCCCUCUGCCUCCCCCCUCUACCGUCCAUCGGAGGACCCUAUAGUAUCGGCAGUCAGCUUAAGAAGGAAAGACCAUUCAGGCCAAGGUAUAAUAUUCACCCGUAACCCAGCAGAGCUGCAGGGUGAAUUUAUCCGCACCAGCUUGGUAAAGUCAUCACGAGGGUUGGGCUUCACGAUCGUUGGUGGUGAUGACAAUGAAGAAGAGUUCCUGCAGAUCAAAAGUGUAGUCCCGAAUGGCCCAGCAUGGCAAGAUGGAAAACUGCGCACAGGCGAUGUUCUGGUCUAUGUGGGUGACACCUGUGUUUUAGGUUAUACCCAUGCUGACGUUGUGAACAUGUUUCAAAACAUAGACCCAGGUCGCACUGUGUACCUAGAGGUCUGUAGAGGUUAUCCUUUACCUUUUGAUCCCAACGACCCAAAUACUGAAAUUGUAACCACUGUAGCUGUUACGACUGCAGAUGCACGAUCAUCGAAGUCUGGCUUUUGUGAAGGCUAUGAACGAUCGAGAAACAAUUCGAGCGAGAGUAUGAACACAGCGAAAUCAAUGCCAGACUUAAGCAAUCCCGAACGUGUUCAAGAAGUGCCCCGACCAGGGAGUGCUGAUCUACUUAGUUCUGAAAAUUUUGAUCACACACCUGAUAUUUUAGACUUUUAUCCAUCAGCCUUAAGCAAACCAGAAUAUCUGACUAUACCAAUUGUAAAAGGUACUAAUGGCUUUGGAUUUACCAUAGCGGACAGUGCAUAUGGACAAAAAGUGAAAAAGAUUUUAGAUCGUGUUAGGUGUAAAAACUUGAUUGAAGGUGAUAUUUUAGUUGACAUAAACAAUAUAAAUGUGAAAGGAAUGAGUCAUACAGAAGUGGUGCAAGUCUUGAAAGACUGUGCACAAGGGCAGGAGGCAGUUAUCAUGGUGCAAAGAGGUGGGCUCAACUCACCAACAAAGUCUCGAGGGAUUCGCAAAGAUCAAACUAGCCCUAAGAAAUCAGGAGUUGCCAGUGGGCUCUUCAGAAGUAAAACUCCAACUGCAGAUAUGUACAGUUCACAACCCAAGGAAGUGAUUCCAAAUAGACCUAAGACUCCCCUUGUAGAUACUCGAAAUCGGCCGAAGACUCCAAAUGUCAUGAGCGGUGUUGAUGUCAGUAACACGGUUGAUGGGAGCAGGCAGCUGGAAGGCAACAUGGAUUACCGACCACCCUAUACACCUACCUCAGUUCAUGCACCAUACCCAGGUGCAUUCUCUUAUACUGGGGGACAGGGAGACUCCCAGUAUGACUCUAAGGUCAACACCAUGUCUGCACAGAUGGGACAAGUCAGCCUGGAGCAGAACAACUAUGAAAAUUACAUUGGGGAAAUGAAUCGUAAUGCUGGCCAGGAUAGUCAAGGUGAUGGCCAGGUUCCCCCACAGAAUAGUUACUAUUACCACAAUGAUCUAUAUGCUCAGGAUGGGUACUACCAACAGCAUGCUGACCAUUAUGAGUAUGAGAUGAAGAGAACAAAUGCCAAGACACCUACUAAGGAAUACGUCAACCAGGGAUAUCCUCAUUAUUUACAUUACAACAACAACCUUUCCAAUACAUCAAACCUUAUAAAUAAUAAUCAUAAUACUAGCAUGGAACAAAAUUCUGGCUAUGAUUACAUGCAGUAUUCCAAAGAUGGCUACGAUCUACCCCGACAAGACUCUGGCUAUAGUUCACAAGCUCAGAUUCCUCCUGCCAGGAAUCCUUACCCACCUUUCCAUGGCCAAAACAACUCGGCAGGUUACAACAACUCUGAUGGCUUCAACAACCAGGCUGACAGUUUAGGAAGAAGGAAAGAGUCCACUAGCUUUGAGUAUGAGCAUCCAGCACCUGUUAGCAUGCCCAGAUUCCCUGAUGGGCGAUACAGUGUGAAUCCUCGUGGUCCUCCUGUUGGUUCUAACGACAGUCUAGGAUACAUGGAGUUCACUGUAACACUCAAGAGACAAGAGACUGGCUUUGGUUUUAGAAUUGUAGGAGGAACUGAAGAGGGGUCUCAGGUAUCCAUUGGCCACAUUGUCCCUGGUGGAGCAGCUGACCAAGAUCGUAGCAUUUGCACUGGUGAUGAGAUUGUAGGUGUCGAUGGUGAAAUGGUGCUGGGAGCAAGUCAUCAUCGUGUUGUUCAGCUCAUGUCUGCCGCUGCCACACAUGGAAGAGUCACGCUUACUUUGAGACGACGUACACAAAAUCCCUCUGAACUUCAUAAUAGAUCACUGGAAAUGCAGUUUCCAUAUGAUAUACAAGUCACAAGAAGAGAAAAUGAAGGCUUUGGCUUUGUGAUUAUAUCAUCAGUCACAAAGUCUGGCUCCACUAUAGGUCGCAUCAUAGAAGGCAGUCCAGCAGAGCGUUGUGGUCGUCUACAUGUUGGAGAUCGCAUAUUAGCUGUCAAUGGGGUAGACAUCAAGACCCUGCACCACGGCCAUAUUGUCAACCUGAUCAAGGAAUCGGGCUAUUCAGUCACACUUACCAUCGGCCCUCCCAGGGAUGACGCAUCGAGUACCACAUCCAACUCUCAGCGGAGUUCUCAGGGGUCCAUGAUACUGGCUCAGGCCACGCCAGUGUCGGCCCCACAAGUCUCUGGUGCCCCGGCCCAGACCUCAACCCAGGCUGAGAGUGACGCUGGCGAUGAUGGCGAGUAUUACAGCGUAGAGCUCCAGCGUGGAACCAGAGGAUUUGGCUUCAGCAUUCGUGGCGGCAGAGAAUUCCACAACAUGCCUUUGUUUGUUUUGAGGAUUGCGGAAAAUGGACCAGCAGCAGAAGAUGGGAAGCUAAAGGUUGGCGAUCAGUUGAUGGAAAUCAACGGCAUGUCUACAAAGGAUAUGACUCAUGCAGAUGCCAUUGAAUUGAUAAAACAAUGUGGAAACAGUGUGUCUCUGAUGGUGAAGCGUGGUGGGAAACUCCCUCAGCAUUUGGAUACCUUAAAUCCCAACGCUUUGGGGUCACCUGUGGGUCCCCCGCCCCCUGGGACCAACAUCCGCUCCACAGCAACUCUCCCCCAUCCCUCGCCUGGCUCAUAUCCCUUACCACCAGGUCUUCCAGCUCCCCCUGGACCACCGGGACCCCCCUACUCCUCCCAUGGUGGGUAUCAUCCCCCUCCCAAUGCCACAAACAGCUAUCCACCAGCCUAUCUUCACAAUGGUGCUGUGCGCGGCCCACAGCCUCUACACUCUUCCCCAGCCACUCAGUAUCCUCCUCCUCUUACCCCAAAUGGACCACUCAGCCAAUCAUCACCCAGAGUUGUGGCUGCAGAAAAUUAUUACUGGAACCGUGUAUCUGACCACAGACCCAUAUGAGGAGCCUUUUUUCAAAGAAAGAACCAGAGAACGGUCUUGCAGUAAUAGUCAUGAAACUCGAAUGUACUGUAAGGCCAUGUGUGUGUGUCUUUCCCCCUCUCCCCCCCUUUUUUCAAGGUGUACUCAUUGGAACUGGACCAGGAAGAUAAUUACCAUUAUCUAACCUGGGUAUCAUGCAGUCUGCUCAGUGCCUCCAGUGCUCAUGUGGGACCAGAUAGUUUUCAAAAGGUGGCUGCAUGUCUCAUGAUUCUGAAAAGCAUUUCAGAUGAAAAAUGAAAUGAUGGCUGUUUUAUUGUGAUCUCUUUCUGUCUUCUGUUUCAUUACAGACUUUUUUCAAAUGUCUAGUGAAAGUUUUCUGAAAGAAAACUUUCAGAAUUAGGCAUAUUUUUCUUUUUUAUAACUUUGUUAACAUUGAAACUUGAAGAUGCUUUUAAACUUCAACUACUUUAUUUAUUUGUUUUUAUUUUUUAUUAUCAUAAUUUUUGUAGGUACAGGACAGUGACCAAAGUGGCCUUUUAUACAGUAGUUUGACCAGUGCUCAAUGCAUUUGUGUUUGUCAAUAUUUAUGAAGUUCAGCUUGUGUAGGUUUUUCAUAAGAAAACAGAUAUCUUGUUUAAAUAAUGGCUAUGCCAUGUUUUUAUGCAUGUGUACAUAAGUAGUAAAAUAGUUUAGUUUGGUUUACCUACAAGAAGUCUGUGAAGGGUUGAUAAUACAAUUUUGAACAAAUUUCAAAGGCAGUAUUAAAAGAUUGAUUAUAUGUUAAGUGAGAAGUAUAACUCUGUAAUUAAUCACUGGCUCACACACUGCCUUGGAUCAAAAGCCCACAAAUGCCUUAUAAUGAAUUGUAAGUAUUUGGACAGUUAUAAGAAUAUUGUAUGUAUUCUAAAGGAUUAUAUUAUUUUGAUUAUCAGGAAGGUCACAUAAUUACAUGUGAUAGUCCUGUGUAUUAUAUACCUUGUUAAUAAAUAUACAUGACAAGAUUUUU